AUGGUUGAAGAAGAAUGGUAUGAAAGUACUAGAAUGGUUCCGAAACACACCGAAAAAGAAAACGUAGAAAAAGUUUACUCACAUACACACACUUUUAUAAGAUAUUUUAUCAGACAAUCCAUUAAAGGAGGAAGAGUUUCGGCAAAUCGAAAAUCAUUUGAAACGAAUAAAAUGGAUGAAAUUUGUAAUGUAUUAAUGGAGUUUAGUGAAACACCAAGUGAUAAUAUAAUUGAUUUAUAUAAAGAGUAUAGUAAAAGUAAAAAAGAUAAAACGGAAGUUAAUUCAAAACUUAAAAAACUAAAAUGUACUAAACUAAUGGCCUUUGAUGCAAAGGGUUUAUACGCUUCCGCCAUGUCGGAUUUAGACAGUGAAUAUCCUAAAGCGGAAAGUGAUCUAGGAAAUAAAUAUAAACGAGAAGGUAAUAUCGUAGGUAGUAAUUGCAUGAAAUUAUUAGGUAAUUCAUUGUAUGGUAAAUCUAUUCAGAAGGAUAUAACUACAUCGAGACAUUUAUGGAGUGAAGCAACUUUAAAAGCCAACUUCGAUUCACACGUCAAAAGCUAUCCUAAAGUAAAUGAGACUCAAUAUAUCGUUGAGAUAAAUGAAGAAGAAAAAGAAUUUGACUGUACACCUCCUAAAUCUACACGACUAGCACCUAGUCAUUUGGGGUCAUUCGUAUUAUCUCACAGUAAAAAAAUAAUGAAUAAUUUUAUUCACGUAAUAGAUGGAUUUUAUAAGCCGGAAAUAUACUAUACAGAUACUGAUAGUUUAUACAUUUCGUCUAGCAAUUGGGAUAAAUUAAAUGAAGCUGGGUUGGUGUCCGAAAAUGAUUAUUGUAAAGGAAAGAAUGAUUACGGUGAUGGUGGAAUUAUAUAUGGUUUAUAUUUAGCGCCAAAAGUUAAAUAUAAUAUUAUUCUAACUUCCGACGGUAUUCUAAAAGAAAAGAAAACGUUUAAGGGUUAUUCUAAUGAUAAGAUAAGUGUAGAAGAUUAUAUUCGAUUAGCUAGUGGACAUGAUGUGACUAAUGAAUUUAAGAAACCAUGA